AGUAAGGAGGAGGGCAUCAUCCCUCUCUCUCUCUCUCUCUGUCUCUCUCUGUGUCUCUCUCUGUGUCUCUCUCCCCCUUCUUUCUCUCUGUCUCUGUCUCUGUUUCUGUGUCUCUCUCCCUCUCUCUCUCUGUCUGUCUCUCUCUCUCUCUCUGUGUGUCUCUCUCCCCCUUCUUUCUCUCUGUCUCUGUCUCUGUUUCUGUGUCUCUCUCCCUCUCUCUCUCUGUCUGUCUCUCUCUCUCUCUCUCUCUCUGUCUCUCUCCCCCUUCUUUCUCUCUGUCUCUGUCUCUGUUUCUCUCUCUCUGUCUCUCUCUGUCUGUCUUUCUCUCUGUCUCUCUCUUUCUCUCUGUCUCUGUCUCUGUCUCUCUCUCUCUCAGCCCGGGAAGAGGAGGGAGGGAGGGUUAAGUGCCAGGCUCUGCCAGCCCCCUCCUCCCCCCACUUGUCCCCAUGAGCUCCAGGGAUGAAGGACCACCGGUGGCUUCACCCAAGUUGGAGACAGUCAUUCAGAAACUGGAAAGCAGCCUCCUGACCUCAGAGGAAGAAAAGGACCUGACGGUGCAGGACCCCGGCCAGGACGGGGCGCCCUCCCGCCUGCCCGCCUGCAUCCGGGAAAUCGUCACCCGGAAUCUCUCCGAGCCUGAGAACCCAGAAACUGUUCAGACCCCAGAGAUGGCAUCCCUGCUGAGCCUCCAGGAAGAAAAUCACAUCCUGCAGCAGGAACUGUCCCGGGUUGAGGACCUCCUGGCCCAGAGUCGGGCAGAACGGGAUGAGCUGGCCAUCAAGUACAACGCCAUCAGUGAGCGGCUGGAGCAGAGCCUUCGGCUGGAGUCCGGGGAGCGGGAGCCCUUGGGGUACGGGGUGCUGGGCCAGCAGACCUUGGAGCUGCGACGUCAGCUAGAGGAGGAACAGGCCAACUACAAGCGCAAACUACAAGCCUACCAGGAGGGGCAGCAGCGCCAGGCCCAGCUGGUGCAGAAGCUACAGGGCAAGGUUCUCCAGUACAAGAAGAAGUGUGGAGAUGUGGAACAGCAGCUUCUGGAGAAAUCUACAGAGCUGGAGCAGCAGAAGUUAGCGGAGGAGGAGCACAGCCAGGACCUGGAGAAUGCCCUCAUCCGGCUAGAAGAGGAGCAGCAGAGGAGUGCCAGCCUGUUGCAAGUGAAUGCCAUGCUUCGGGAGCAACUCGACCAGGCCAGCGCCGCCAACCAAGCCUUGACCGAUGACAUCCGCAAAGUGACCAGCGACUGGACCCGCAGUCGGGGGGAGCUGGAGCAGCGCGAGGCCGAGUGGCGGCGGGAGGAAGAGUCUUUCAAUGCCUACUUCAGCAAUGAACACAGCCGGCUGCUUCUUCUCUGGAGGCAGGUCGUGGGCUUCAGGAGACUGGUCAGUGAGAUGAAGACGUCCACAGAGAGGGACCUGUCCCAGCUGGGCAUAGAGCUGGCCAGGACCUCCCGGACUAUCCACUCGGCCAGCCUGGGCUUGAGCGGGAGCCUCCGGCUGGCGGAGAGCAGCAGCGAGGCGGCCAUGGAGAAGGCAGCCCUGCUGCGAGCCCAGCUGGAGGAGCAGCUGCGGGACAAGGUGCACGACCUGAUUCAGCUCCAGGUGAAGAGCGACCUGGAGAAGGCCGAGCUCAGCUCCAGAGUGCACGAGUUAACCUUACUGGUGGAACAGCUUCAGAAGCAAAACUCCGAGAAGGACCGAGCCAACGAGGCCCUGACUCAGAAGGUGGAAGCCUUGGAAGCCGUGCGGCUCCAAGAGCAGGCGGCCAUGGAGGCGGAGGAGGUGGAGGCCCUGAGGACUGAGUCCGAAGUGCUCCAGCAAACCCUGCGGGACCUGGCCCAGGCUGUCCUGUCCGACACAGACAGCGGGAUCCAGAUGGGCGGGCUGGAGCGCACCCCCGAGACCUCAGAUGGCAGUCUGCGCGGCCUCUCUAGCCUGCGCACCCCCUCCCCGCUCCGGCGCUCUUCCCCCCGCCCCAGCGGCUCCCCUCGCCCCAGCCUAUCCCCGGCCUUCUCUGACUCGACCCUCGCCUUGGUCCACUCUGCCUUGCACAAGAGACAAAUGCAGGUCCAGGAUAUGCGAGGGCGCUAUGAGGCGAGCCAGGACCUUCUGGCCUCCCUGAGGAAGCAGCUGGCGGACAGUGAGGCUGAGCGCCGGAGCCUGGACAAGCAGGUGCUACAGCUUCGGGAUUCGGCUGAUGGUGCAGCCCAGGCCAAGGAAGAUGCGCUUCGAGAUUUGCAGAGACUGCGCAGUGCCCACGACCUCCUGAACAGCGAGAAGGACGGGCUGGUACGGAGCCUGGCGGCCAUGCAGAUGCAGGUGGAGAUGCUGCAUCAGGAGAAGGAGAAGCUACAGCUGGCCCAGGAUGAGCUCCAGAGGCAGAGGGACCAGCUGGAGGAGGAGAAGGAGGACAUCGCUCAGGACAGAGAGAGAUUCCACAAGGAAGCAGACCGGGGGUAAGACAAACUGGAACAGCUGGAGGUGAAGAAGUCAGGGCUGUUGAAAGAGCUGAUCUUGGCCAAGGAGACCCUGAGCAAAACCACUCUGGCAAAAGAGGUGAUGGAGGCCGAGAAGAUGGAGGUGAUGGAGGCGCUGACCAAGGUGGAGGCCAGCAGGGCUGAGCUGGAGCUGUCCCUGAACAAACUGAAGGGGGAAGAAGUGUCUCUACGGGAUUCCUUGUCUAAACUCAGCGCCCUCAAUGAGGGCUUGGCCCAGGACAAGCGGGAACUCAACCAACUGGUCUCCCAGCUGGAGGAGGAACGGGGAACCCUCCUCAGCCAGAAGCGAGAGGCUGAGCAGGAGAAGGCGGCCACCCAGGAACAGCUGGCUCAGCUGGAGCAGGACAAGCUGGUGCAGGAGGCGGAGAGGCAGAGUCUGGAACACUCCCUGCAGGCUGCUGAGCUGGCGAGGGAGGCCCUGGACCACCAGCUGCCCUCCCUCCAGAAGGAGCGUGCCCAGCUAGAAGAACAGCUGGCACAGCUGUCCAGACAGCUCGGAUCGCAGCAGGAGGAGCUGCAGAGGGCUCACAGAGAUGGGGACCGGCAUAGCGAGGCGCUGGAGCGGGCUUUCCGGGAAAUGGAGUACCUGACCAAGGAGCGGGCCAGCCUGCUGGUCCAGCUGACCACCUGCGAACGGGAGAACCGAGCCCUGACCGAGGAGGUGGCCGGCCUCCGCUCCGAGAAGGACACUCUGGAGACCAGCCUGUUUGAUGCCCAUCGGCAGCUCAGCCAGAUGGAGGCGCGCCGGGAGCAGCUGGAGGCUGACGUGCAGGGCUUGUUGCUGGCCAAGGAGACUCUGACCGGCCAGCUAGUGAAUCUGCGGCGGCAGAUGGAGACGGAGGUGCAGAAACUUGUGCGGGACAAGGAACUGCUGGCCCAGCAGCUGGUCCAGGCGGAGCAGGAGGCCCAGGCCACCCUUCGAGGAGAACAGGCAGCCCACGACGAGGAUGUAGAGCGCCUGCGUCAGGAGAAGGAGGUGGCCCGACAGGAACUAGAAGCAGAGCGGACUGAGCUCUUGCACCGCCUGAACCAGGAGCGAGAGGAGCUCUUAGCUCGACUCGAAGCAGAGAAGGAAGAGCUCAGUGAGGAGAUCACUGCCCUGCAGCAGGACCGGGAUGAGAGCCUCUUGCUGGCUGAGAAUGAGAAACAACAGGCCCUGUCCCUGAAGGAAUCAGAGAAGACAGCUCUGUCCGAGAAGCUUUUGGGUACCCAGCAGAGCCUGGCCAACAUCUCCAUGGACCUGGAGAGGCAGAAACGAGAUGCCUUGGCCCGCCAGGAGCAGGACCGGAGCACCGUGAACGCCCUGACGUCCGAGCUUCGGGACCUCCGGACUAAAUUUGAGGAGGCCAUCAACAACCAUGAGCGGGAGGUGAAGGCUCUCCAGGAGCAGGCCCGGGACCUGGGUCGACAGAGAGAAUCCUGCCUCAGAGAGGCUGAGGAGCUGAGGACCCAGCUCCGGUUGUUGGAGGAUUCCCGGGACAGUCUCCGGAAGGAGCUGCUGGAGGCCCAGCGGAAGGUCCGAGAGGGACAGGAGGGGAAGGAGGCCCAGCGCCAGGAGACCCUUGAGCUGCGCCGUAGCCUGGGUGACAGCACCAAAGAGAGAGAGGCCUUGAGGCGCUCCAACGAGGAGCUAAGAGCCGCUGUCAAGAAGGCAGAGAGCGAGCGGAUCAGCUUGAAGCUCGCCAACGAGGACAAGGAACAGAAACUGGCUCUGCUGGAAGAGGCUCGGGCAGCCUCGGGCCGGGAGGCGGGAGAACUGCGGAUGGGGCUGCAGGAAGUCGAGCGGUCAAGGCUUGAGGCCCGGCGGGAGCUGCAGGAGCUCAGGCGCCAGAUGAAGAUACUGGACAGUGAAAAUGCCAAGAAGACCCAGGAGCUGGUGGAACUGCAGGGCCGGGUGGCCCUGAGUCAGCAGCUGGAGAAGGAGGCCCGGAGGGAGGCUUUUGGCCUCAAGCAGAAGGUUCUGAAGGGAGAGGUCGCCCUGGAUGGGACCAAGCAAGAGCUCCUGGCGACUCAGAGGAAACUGUUGGAGGUGGAACACGGGUUCCAGGCCCGAGAGCGAGGCCUCUUGGGCUCCCUGGAGGAGUCUCGGGGCUCUGAGAAGAAGCUUCUGGACAAUGCUCGGAAUGUAGAGCUGAAGCUAGAGAGGACGCAGGCUGAAGCUGGGGAGCUGGGCCUCCGGCUGAGUGCCUCCGAGGGCCGGAUCCAGGGCCUUGAGAUGGAGCUGUCCCGCAUUGAUGGGCAGCGGCGGGACGCUGAUUUCCAGCUGAACAGUCUGCGCUCAGCCCUACGCCGCACCCUGGGCAUCGGAAGGGUCCCCAGCCCUGCUUUCCGGGGCUCCAUAAGUUCCCCUAAGAGGAUCCCUUCUCCAGCAAGAGGGAAUGGGGGGUCACCUCCAGAGGGGUCCAGUUGCUCCAGCUCCCCCGAACGCAACCGUCACUCCUGCGCCACCUCCCCUGAGCCCGGGGCUUCCCCACCUCCCAGCGUCGUGGACCUGGACCCCGAGACGGUGCGGACUGCCCUGAGGCAGUUCCUGAAGGAGCUCCAGGAUGCCCAGCGAGAUCGGGAUGAGCUGCGGGUUCGAGUGAGCACUCUGAAUCGACAGCUGGCCGACUCCGAGAGAGCUCGGGACACGGCCACCACCCAUGUGGAGCAGCUGCAGAAGCUGGUGGUUGAGUGUGAGGAAGGGCGGCGCGGGGCAGACGGGCGGCUGAGUGGGGCCCAGGCAGCCCUGGCGCUCCGGGAGGAGAGUGUCCGCCGGAGCGAGCGGGAGCGCAGGGCCGCCCUCGACCAGGUGGCCACCCUUGAGAGGAGCCUGCAGUCAGCCGAGAGUGAGCGUCAGGCUAGCCAGGAAAAGAUCAGCAAAAUGAAGGCUAAUGAGGCCAAGCUGGAGAGUGACAAGCGGAGGCUGAAGGAAAUUCUGGAUGCUUCCGAGAGUCGGGCCACCAAGCUAGAGCUGCUCCGGCACUCCCUGGAGGGUGAGCUGCAGCGCAGCCGCCUGGGGCUGGGGGACCGUGAGGCCCAGGCACAGGCCCUCCGAGAUCGGGCAGAGAACCUGCAGAGACAGCUGGCAGACAGCGAGCUGAAGGCCGGGUCCCUGCAGUUGACGGUGGAUCGGCUAAACUUAGCAUUGUCCAAGGCGGAAGACAACGAGACGGCUCUCAAAGAGAAGGUGCAGAGCCUGUCUGCCUCCCUGGCGGAGAACAGCUGCGCCAUGACCUUAGCUCAGGACAAGAUCAUGAAUCUUCAGAAGUCCCUGACGGCCAGUGAACAUGACCGCAGGGUCCUCCAGGAGCGCCUAGACGCUGCCCGCCAGGCCGUGGCAGAGGCCAAGAAGAGGGGCAGCUCCCUGGGGGACCAGGUGCACACCCUGCGCAGUGAGCAAACAGAGCUAGAGCUCCAGAAAACGGACCUGGAGGGCCAGGUACAGCAGCUGCAGGAGGGCCUGCAAAAGAUGAAGGAGGAGAAACAGCAGCUGCAGGAGCGCCUGACCAGCUUGCAGAAGUCCCUGGCCCAGCUGGAGGGUGAGAAGCGGGAGGCCGAGCGCUUGGCUCUGCGCCUAGAGAAGGACCGGGCUGCCCUCAAGAGGACUCUCGAUAAGGUGGAGCGUGAGAAGCUGCGGAGCCAUGAGGACUCCAUCCGGCUGAAUCAUGAGAAGGGCCUCUUGGACCGCUCGCUCACUGGGGCCGAGCAGGAGCUCACGGAGGCCCAGAAGCAGAUCCAUCACCUGGAGGCCCAGCUUCUGGAGCUGGAACAGGGUCAGUCCCUGCUGGAGACAGGUGGACAGACCCAGCUGGAGCUGCAGCAGGAAUUAGAGAGGCUUCGAGGGGCCCAGGCCCAGGCCGAGAGGACUAUGGAGGCCCGGGAGCGUGUUCACCGGCAGCGUAUCCGUGGCCUUGAGGAGCAUAUCUCCACCCUGAAGGAACGGCUGCAGCAGGAGAUUCGCAGGGCCCCCCAGGGCUUCUCUCCGUCCUCACCAACAUCUAUUCCCCCUGGAAACUGAGUCCCCCCUCGUCACCCCAGACCUGAACAUUGCCUGCCCCUGGCCCAGAGGCCCCAGAGCUUGGCAGGGGCUGUUGGGGUCCCGGGCAGGGCGUGGGACAAGAGAGGCCGGGGAGCACGCUAGCGGUGCUCAGUGGCACCGGCUGCCUCGGGGUCUCCCUGCACAGGGACCCCGCAAGGGGAGCUACAGGCUUCUUGCUCGAGCGUUGAGAUCACGUGAUUCUGCGGCCGUUGGCCCUCUGCCGCGGGGCUGUUGGCAACGGUCCCGAGGUCGGCUUCCCCUGCCCAUGGGUCAAGCCUGUUUGUUCCGGUCAGUCAGGGGUCGUGAAGCGCUCUGUUCGGGGUGGGGGAGCCCCUCCGCCCCCUGCCAGUGCCCCCCUCCCGCCUCCCUACACACCCGCCCUGGCCAGGUGACCGGCCUCUCCCCCAUGUCAAAGUCCUGAGGCUCACGGGCCUGCCAAGAGAAAGCCCAUCUGCGCGUCUUUGAGGAAAUAAAAGGAGAAGAAAAA